CCAGAGACGCUCCAAGGUACUUGUACCCUGCACAGUAAAUGUGUACCUGUGCUUUUCGUCUUGGUUUCCUGAAAGUGAUAAGAUCACUAUUCAUUUCCUUUGCUUCUGCUACCAACACUGAAUCUCCGACGAAAUCUGCGCCGGUCUCUUUCUGUUUCUAUAUUCGUUGCUUGUUUCUUUAAUUUAGGGUUUAACCAUUCAAAAUCCUCCGAUUUCACAUAUAAAUAUUCACACAUUUAUGUACAUAUAGAACUAGAGAGAUGGAAGAAGAAAUGGAGGUAGAGUUACCUGUGUUUGAGGCGCGUGAGAUUGAUCUCGAUUACGAGUUUGAUGCGGCUCGGUUCUUCGACUUCACUCGCGAGGAGUCUCUGCCGGAGGCGCGUGAAGCUGAGCUCUGGUUCGAGUCGGCGCCGAGUUAUCCACCUUCUCCUUUUGUGGCAAAAUUAGUAUUAAGAGAGGACAUUCUCCUGAAAAAUGUGAAUACAUCUCCAAAAUCUAUAGUUAAUACUUCGCUGGAUAACGAUUCUGAUAAUGGCGUGGUACCCGAAUUUUCCGCAAUAGGAAUGAGUAAAGGGAUCUUCACCAACUUACAAAGUGGCAAUCUACAAAAGGUUCCAUAUCAACCAUUAGACUUAACUAAAGGUGAUUAUUUUUCUACCUUUGAUAAUUGA